GAUGCUUGCAGUAGUGGUCUUGGCCGUCUUGGCUACCCUUUGCCAGGCCGGUGGAUACGGCUACGGAGGUGGACACGGAGGUGGAUACGGCUACGGAGGUGGACAUGGAGGUUAUGGUGUUGGUGGAGUAUCUAACAACAACUUCCACCUCGCUGGUCCCAGAGGCUACGGAUAUGGACACGGUGGCGGCUAUGGCUACGGAGGAUACGGUGGCGGUCAUGGCGGCUUUGGUGGCGGCUACGGCUUUGGUGGCGGCUUCGGCGGCCAUGGUGGCGGAUACGGAUACGGCAAGUAAACGACCGGACUCAACGACAGAUCC